AUGACACCCCCCACCAACAUCCGCGUAAUCAUCGUCGGCGCCGGCUUCGCCGGCCUCGCCGCCGCCAUCGAAUGCACCCGCAAAGGCCACAGCGUAACUCUCUUCGAAAAGUCCCCCUCCCUCGACGAAAUCACCCGUGUCGGCGACAUCAUCAGUUUCGACCCCAACGGCGCCCGCGCCUUUGAGCGUUGGCCGGGUGUCAUCGAGCAGAUGGAGGCUAUCGCCCGUCAGACGAGUUGGUUGGAUCUGUAUCAUUACCAGGGGCGGUUUGUUACCCGCCAGUCGUUUGCGGGGGAGAAGGCGUGGGGGAGGAGGAUUAAUGGCCAUCGGGGGCAACUGCAUCGGAUUAUAUAUGAUCAUGCGGUUGCGAGGGGGGUGGAUAUUCGGUUGGGUGUGAGGGUGGAGGAUUAUUUUGAGACUGAUGGCCACGAGGCGGACAGCGACAACACCAGCAGCAACUCGGUCCCAGAAGCAGGUGUGGUCUUGGCCCAUGGACAACGGGUAUCAGCGGACGUGGUGAUUGCCGCAGAAGGGGUACGAUCUCGCGGCCGGAAGAUUGUGUUAGGAUUCGACGAGAACCCGAAAUCGUCCGGGUACGCCGUGUACCGGGCGUGGUUCCCGGCCGACCGCAUCCGGGAUAACCCCAUGCUGAGCCAUCUCGUGGCUGAUAGUGUCGACACACACCAGGGUUUCAUCGGGCCGGAUAUCCAUUUUCUGGCGUCGACCAUCCGCAGCGCGACCGAGGUUAACUGGGUGUUUACCCAUAUUGAUGAUGGGAAUAUUGAGGAGAGCUGGCAGUGCCCUGGGAAACCGGCUGAGGCGCUGCGGUAUCUCGACGGUGACGGCGAUGAAAACAAUAGAUGGUGUCCCGUGGUGCGAGAGCUAGUCAAAGCCACGCCCGAAGGCCGCCUAAUUGACCACAAACUGGUGUACCGCGACCCGCUACCGACUUUUGUAUCCCCCGGCGCGCGGAUCUGUCUGAUCGGCGACGCAGCCCAUCCGUUCCUACCAACGUCCAUCCAAGGCGCGAGCCAGUCGAUCGAAGACGGCGUGGUGCUGGCCGCGUGCUUGGAGCGUAGUGGGAAGGGGAAUAUCCCCCGUGCGUUGCGGGCGUAUGAGAAAUUACGUUAUGAGCGGGUGCAUCGCGCGCAGGCGAUGGGGCCGGUGACGAGGGAGCGUUGGCAUAAGGCGGAUUGGGAGGAGGUGUGGAAGAAGCCGGAGAUGAUUCAUUUGGUGAGGGAGGAGUGGUUGUUGAACUUUGAUGCGGAAAAGGAUGUGUAUGAGCGGUAUGAGGGGGUCGUGGUUGAGCUUGAGUCCAAGUCGGACGGAGAAUGA